UGACAGUUCAUAUGAAAGAUUGAUGGGUUUUCAAUACUAGAUGAUUUGAAGCCACUUUUUUUAAAUUUGGUGAGGAGGGUCUUUGAAGUGGCACUUCAAAGUUGUCAACUUAGGUAUGGUGGGGAAUGGGCUUAGUGUUUGAUAUGCACAUAUUUAUUUAUCAAAAACAUAUGCAUGCAAUGCAAGUGUAACAAGUUAUGGAGUCAUGAAAGAGUUUUUGUUCACUGGUUUACUCAAUUUUGCUGUUUCAUUCUCUUCCCUACACAAUAAUGCCUGCAGGAGCUAGUGCUUUAUCUCAUUUCUUGCAUUACCCUUUUUCUCUUCCUUCCUAUCACUGUUUUUUCUGCAUAGAAAACGUAAAGGAAACGCCUCUAUGCUUCUUCUCACUCUAAAAAUCUCCUAGUGUAGUACUCUUUAUUCAUUCAAAUUCAAAAUUCUCAACUUUUUACUAAUAGCUUUAAAGAGGCUGCUUCUUCAAGCCAAGUAUUUGGUUCCUUCUUUCAUAAAACUCCUUGCCAUUUUUCACUUUACUUUUGAAACUCCAUCUUAGAGUGAAACCAUGAAGGAGAGAAACAAAGGUGUGGAAGCUUACAGCAAUGACAUGGAUUGCUAUUACUCUACCUCUGAACUUCCAUGUAAGAAGCACCCUUCUUCUUCUUCUGUUGGUAUCUGUGCUUACUGUCUCAAGGACCGUUUGGUCAAGCUUGUGUGUUCUGAUUGUGGGGAGCAGAGGCUUUCUUCUUGUUCUUGCUCUGAUGAGAUCUCUUCCCAUCGGAAUUCAUGCACUGUUGAGGUGGGAAGCGUUGGUAGAGUCUCAUUUCUUAUUGAGAAUGAGAAGAAUGAGACCCCAGUUCAGCAUUUGAAUUCUAAGGCCAAAGUGCAAGAUAAAGAGGAGGAGGUUAUGGUGUUGAGGAGAAGCAGCAGCAACUGUGUUGAGAUCAAAAGAAACGGGUUUUGGAGAAUUGGGAAGUUGUUUAGGAAGAAGAAGGAGAAGGACUGUGGAAGGAGCGUUGUUGGUUUUGAUGAGAAAAGUGAGAUGUGGAUGCUUGAUCAUGGGGGUGUCUCCAGGUCCAGGUCUCUCUGCAGCUUCAGAGGUGGGGGGUUAUUUGGAUCUGAGGAUGGUGGAGAUUCUCUGCUAUCAGGUGCUAGAAGCUCUAUUUCUGCAGCUAGGAGUUCUGGUGUUAAUGGGGGUUUGAUGUUAGAAUCUGGGAGGAGAAGUGGAUACAGUGAAGCAGAACCAAGAAGGAGUGGUUUUGAUGGGGAGAGGAGAGAGUUCCAAUUUGAGUCUGAAAAUUGUAAUGAUCACAAGGGUGUGAAGAAGGGUAGCCUAAUGGAUGUUGAUGGGGGUUUCUAUGGGGUAAAUAGGCGUGUCUUUUCACUCCGAGAGAGUGAUUUCAAAGGCAUGGAUGAGUCCAGUUUCAUUGACUUGAAGCUUGAUUAUUCAUCAGAAUCAAAGCAAGAGUUCUCUGCUGCAAAGAUGAGUAACCUGGCUGAUACCCUCUCAGCUUUUGGCAGCACAAGAGGUGGGAAUUUCAUGGCACAUGAUGGUGGAUGUUCUUAUGGGGGUUUGGGAGGGGAUGGAGUUUUACCAAGUGGAGGUUCAUGUAGGAUCACUGUGAAUGAUAGAGGAAUUAAAAGGGGAAGGAAAAGCAUGAAGGGUUGGAGAUGGAUUUUCAGACAUCAUUCAAACUGGGGAAGCUCAAGGAAAAGAGAGCAAGACCUUAUGUUCAAAACCUGAUACAUCUUUCUGUGUAGUUUCACUAGGCUAGUCUUAGUUUGUGGUUUAAAUUGUCUUUAGUUGAUCAUUAGCCAUUAUCUUUCAUUUUGUGUACUAAUGUUUUUUUUCAGUAAAUGCUUAAUA